AUGAAUGCGAACAGUAGUGUUGGAGAACGGAGUGUGUUUUUUGUGAGUGAUUCGUCGAUGUUGAAACAUAAAUGCGAAUGGGAUGAUGAACAUAUCGAAGUACCACAAAGACUUGAAAUAAUUCUCUCAAAUUUGAAGGAUAACGUAUUGAAAGAAUGUGAGACAAUUAAAGCGGUAGCUGCGACAAUUGACGAUAUUCGCCUUGUACACGAUGAAGCAUACAUCGAAUCACUUGAGAAAACAACGCAGAUGAACAUUCAACAACUGGAAUCGUAUUGUUCGGGAUUUGAAGAUGUAUACGCGAAUAACUUUACUUAUGAUGCUUGUCUGAUGAGUGCUGGUUGUGCAGUUGAAGCAAUGAAGAGCGUUAUCAAUGAACGCCAUCGAUUCUCAAGCGCGUUCGCUGCAGUCAGACCUCCGGGACAUCACGCAUCGAAGAAUAACGCGUGUGGAUUCUGCUUCUUCAAUAAUGUGGCGAUUUGUGCUCUGAAGGCAAGACAGUUAGGUGUGGAACGGGUGCUGAUCGUCGAUUGGGAUGUACACGCAGGGCAGGGUACUCAAUAUUCAAUCAAAUCUGAUCCGAACAUCAAGCUUAUCUCUAUUCACCGAUUCGAAAAUGGCCACUUCUGGCCAAAUCUACCGGAAAAUUCAAUUCAGCAUGACUGUUAG